AACUAAUGAGGGAGCUCUUUUAAACAACAUUUAUUUUCGGUAAUUCUGUACGAAAGCUGCCGUGGGAAUUUUGAGAAAUAUCCCAAUUUUUACAAGUUCGGUCUUUUCGAUAUAUUCCAGGUUCCGACUAGCGUCUCCAUUCUAAUUGAUUACAGGAAGUGGUUCCAGGAAAGCCUUUGAUUUUAAUGUUGGAUUUAAGCCAAUGCAUGGAGCAGGGAACCAGUUAGAGCUGAUCUUGAUAUCCAUCAACCAACGAAUCACAUGUUUACUUGAAGACUAGCACCUGACGGCCUUAAUUAAUUGAGAAAUCUCUGCUUUGGUACAGCAUUGUUGAAUUCUGAAUGGAAUUUUAAUUGUGUUGAUCUACAAAACAAUUGAGAUGGCAUUGUCAACGAUGAAAUCAUUUCAACCAGGUAUCAAGCAGGCUUUGAAUUUUAAGAGAGCAUCAAAAAGCUGGAGCCUAGCUGUUACUUUCUUUCGUCCUCAGAGCAAUUUCUCAGCUGUCCACGAAUACAGCCCAGCAAAGGAAAAGUCCAGGCCAGUUGUGUCCUUUUACAACCAGAGUGCAAUCGAUGUUGCUGCAAAAAAGCCCUCUGUUCGUCUAACACCAGCUACCCUCCUGUACACUGGGAAAUCACCUGAUGGCAAUCAUCUAUUGAGGAGUGCCCAAUAUCUACACAAAGAGUUGCCAGUGCGGGUAGCACAUCGUAUUGCAGAAUUCCGGGGUCUACCCUUUAUUGUUGGCUGCAAUCCCACAAUCCUUCAUGUUCAUGAACUCUACAUCCGUGCAUUCCAUCUGCUCUCAGAGUUUCCAUCAAUCCGAGACAUGGAGACAGAGAGACAGUACUGUAAGAUGGUGAAGACACUAUUAGAUGACCACAAAGAUGUUGUGACCCAUCUAGCUGAAGGCUUCAGAGAAUGCAGAAAACACAUCACAGAUGAGAGCCUGAUACACAAUUUUCUGGAUCGCGUCCUCACUUCAAGACUAGGUAUUCGGAUGCUGGCAGAACAUCAUCUAGCUCUUCAUCAAGAUAAGAAUGAGUCCAUUGGCAUCAUUGCCACCAAGAUGGCCCUCAAGAAAGUAAUUGAGAAAUGGGUCUCAUUUGCAAGAGAGCAAUGUGAGUUGCGAUACGGCUAUGCUCCUAGUGUGAAGAUCAAUGGACACACUGGAGCCACUUUCCCAUACAUCAUCCAGCCCUUAGACUACAUGCUUCCAGAACUUCUCAAGAAUGCCAUGAGAGCAACAAUUGAGAGUCACUUGGAUACACCAAUGAAUCUACCAGAUGUAAUCAUUACCAUAGCCAGUAAUGACAUCGAUUUCAUCAUUAGGUGAGUAUAAAUUGAAAUACUGUCCUCAUCUCUGUUCUAUGUUGAAGUGUUAUUCUCCUCAUUACAGUUCAUUAUUUUGAAGAUUAGUGAGACUCCAAGAGUAAAAAAGGCGGAAGAUUUGUUGACUUAUAUUUUAUCCAUGUACUCUGACACGGUGACAAGCGACUGUCAAUAAUCCCUGUUUGAGCACAACCAAGAUUUCCUCUGUGCUUGACAAAGCAGAAGACGAUUUCAGCGGUCUUUUUCUGACCAUGCGCAUUCUGCCAUCUUGUUAUGACAGAAAUAUGAUUAAAUGCAACCUAAUGAUAACCUCUUGCCCUGUAAUGUAAACUUAAUAUUUAAUCUUACAUUUGAUGUCAACCAUAGAUCAGACAUAGCAUGUAAUAAAAAGUUACAAUCUUAAGAUGGUUGUAUCUCUUUUUAAUUUUAGGGCACUGUAAUAUAUGUACGUUGUGUUUUUGUCACAUAUUUCAUAGGCGCAGAAUGAGUUUGAUUUAAGAGCAUUUGAAAACAUUUCCUCCCUUUUAAAAAUGGAGUGAAUUUCAACUUUAAUAUCACUAAAAUAGUUAAGUCUUACUCCAUCUGGACCCAAAUGGUCUUAUUAUACCUUUUUUGUCUCCAACCAGUUCAUGUUAUGAUAACUAUUUGGUCUAUUAUGCCAUUUAAUCUGUUUAAAAUUGUUUCAUAUUGCCCAAGUUGAAAACUUUGAAACAGUGCACUGGAAUCUGACCGGUGGCUGCCAGUCACUGGUGCAAUAUCAUGCAGACCAGUCAAUUAAUGAUAAGGGAAUUCAUAAGAAAUGCAGAGUCAAACUCUUUGAAAAUUAGUCAAUUUAUAGAAUUAAAUUUCAUAAAAGUUUCAUGUGAUAUUAUCAACUAUUAAAGUGGCAGUAUGGAAAUAAGAUUACCAUGUAGGACUUCUUAAAUUUCCCUGCUUGAAUUUAUCGGCCUGUAAAAUUAUGAUACUGUUGCAUUUGCAAUGCCACAUAUGCUUACAACUAUGAUAAGUUACUACAUUUCUUCACUUCUCAUCCUGAGAUGACACCUAUUUCUAGCGGUCCAGCGGAGUAAGUAUGAGUUGCAAAUAAUUAUAGGUGCACUCAUCCAUAAUGCAUUACAUGCCAAUAAGUUCAAGCAAGAAAAUACAUGUAGAGGAAUCCUGCUUAGUAAUCUUAGUUUCAUACUUCUACUUGGUCUAUUAAAGUUUUGACAUUUAAUAUCAUGUGAAAAUUUUAAAUUAUAGAUGAGGAAAUUUCAUUUUUAAAUGGGUAUUUUUUCAGUCUUUGGUGACAUUAAAUUUUUUAAUGUAUUUUUUUAUGUCACUGGUCCAAUUAUCUGUUUGUUCUUAAAAGAGUGCAAGUGAUUAAUUCAUUUCUAUCAAGAUGUCCCCAUUAUAUUAGGCAUUACAAGAGUUGAAUGCAUUCAGAUCCAUCUCAUCUUCUACUGCCAAGUAUGAUUUCUCUGUGCAUUUUGGGGUUUGCAACCAUUUUUGUUUCUCUGUUCAAAUAUUAUAGAAUUUGAUUAACUAGUGUCUGUUACAUAUAUGAAACGGAAUCAGAUUACAUGAAUUUUGUUGCAUAGAGCUACCACCAUUGAUUGUGUGUAUGCAGAAGGGCAACUUAUGAUUUCUUUCUCUAAUGGGAGAAACAUCUUAGCAAUUCAAAUAUAUCUGAAAAUGUGUUUUGCAAGUUUUCCCAGUAAUAUAUUCUCAAUUUGUGGAAAAAUUGUUAAUAAAAGAAUGAAGAAAACAGAA